GCGGCUGGACCGGAGCGGCGGGGAGGGGAGAGGAGGGCAGAGCAUCGGCGGUCGCUGGCGAGCGCGGACGCACGGACCGAGAUGUGGAAAGCGUCAGCGGGACAUUCUAUAUCUGUCAGCAAGGAGGAUGAGGGUGCCGAUGACUGGGAAACUGACCCCGAUUUUGUGAAUGACGUCAGCGAGAAGGAGCAGAGAUGGGGAGCCAAGACGGUGAAGGGGUCCGGGCACCAGGAGCACAUCAACAUACACAAGCUAAGAGAGAAUGUUUUUCAAGAACAUCAGACCCUCAAGGAGAAGGAACUUGAGACAGGACCCAAAGCAUCCCAUGGCUAUGGAGGAAAAUUUGGUGUCGAGCAGGACAGAAUGGAUAAAUCUGCCGUUGGCCACGAAUACCAGUCCAAGCUUUCCAAACACUGCUCUCAGGUUGAUUCUGUGAGAGGCUUUGGUGGCAAAUUUGGGGUACAGCUGGAUCGAGUUGAUCAGUCUGCUGUGGGUUUUGAAUACCAAGGCAAAACCGAGAAACAUGCUUCACAGAAAGAUUAUUCUAGUGGUUUCGGUGGUAAAUACGGUGUGCAGGCUGACCGGGUGGACAAGAGCGCGGUGGGCUUUGAUUACCAGGGUAAAACUGAGAAGCACGAAUCCCAGAAAGAUUAUUCCCGAGGUUUCGGUGGUAAAUAUGGUGUUGAUAAGGACAAUGUGGACAAAAGUGCUGUUGGCUUUGAAUAUCAGGGCAAAACAGAGAAGCACGAGUCCCAGAAAGACUAUGUGAAAGGGUUUGGAGGCAAGUUUGGUGUGCAGAGAGACAGACAAGACAAGUGUGCCUUGGGCUGGGACCACCAGGAGAAAGUUCAACUCCACGAAUCCCAAAAAGAUUAUAAGAGUGGUUUCGGAGGCAAAUUCGGGGUCCAGACCGAGAGGCAGGACCCAUCUGCUGUGGGGUUUGAGUACAAGGAGAAAUUGGCGCAGCACGAAUCUCAGCAAGAUUACUCCAAAGGAUUUGGUGGAAAAUACGGGCUCCAGAAGGACAGGGUGGACGAAAAUGCCUUGACUUUUGAAGACAUUUCCACAGUUUCCUCGGCGUACCAGAAGACGCUGCCGGUAGAAGCUGUGAACAGCAAAACAAGCAAUAUCCGAGCGAACUUUGAGAACCUGGCCAAAGAGAAAGAACAAGAAGACCGGAGGAAGGCGGAGGCGGAGAGAGCACAGAGGAUGGCUAAGGAGAAGCGGGAGCAGGAGGAGGCCCGCCGGAAGCUUGAGGAACAAGCCCGAAUCAAGAAGCAAACUCCAUCUCCUCCUCCCAGUCCCCAGCCGCCGGCCGAGGAAAGGCCACCCACCAGCCCUGUCUAUGAGGAUGCUGCAUCUUACGAGGCUGAGCCGGGCUACAAAGGCCGCAGUACGACGUAUUCUGGACCGGAGCCGGAGUCCGAGUACACAGCUGUGCCGUCCGACUAUCAGGAGACAGUGAGCCAGCGGGGCCUGGCGCAGGAGCCUGAAGUUGUGUAUGAGACGGCGGAGUCGAUGGCUCCCAAUCAAGAAGAGGAAAAUACUUACGAUGAAUAUGAAAACGACCUUGGGAUCACAGCCAUAGCCCUCUACGAUUAUCAGGCUGCCGGUGACGAUGAAAUUUCCUUUGAUCCUGAUGAUAUCAUCACCAACAUUGAAAUGAUUGACGAUGGCUGGUGGAGAGGCGUGUGUAAAGGCCGAUACGGGCUCUUCCCAGCCAACUACGUCGAGCUGAGACAGUAGCGAAGAUGGUUUCUCAUCAAUGCCUUAAUGCCAUAGUCUGCAAACCCGAUGUCUACACUACAAAGUCCUGCUUCGGGGAGGGAGGAUGGCGAGGGGAAGAUACAUACUGCUUUUAUAUUUAAUACUUUUGCUGAUGCUCUUAAGAAUGUUUAAUCCUCAGAAUCUGCUAAUAUAUUGUAAUCAUGUUUCCUUGGAGGACUUGGGUGAUGGUGUUUAAGCAUUUAAGGCCUUUUCUUCUUUUGCCAAAUGGAAUGUUUGUUACAAGAAGCCAUGCCAAGGACCCUUUGUCCUCAUGUGGGAGCAGGCAGGGUCCCCUGCCCUGCCUGAGACAGUGGUGCUGAGGGAAUCCUUUCUCUGCAUGUUGGCAGCGCCAGUGAUGACCCUGCAGGCCUCCUGGGCAUGUCCAGGUCCUUAGAGGAGGAAGGAGUUAGGGAAGAGUGGCGCUAGAGGGGGUCAGAGUGGACCAGCCUUUCAAGCCUCUUGUCACGAGCGGGGUUCCUUACCUGCUUUUAUAGACUUAUUUUCAGUGUCUCCUCCUUCCAUCAAAAGCCUGCCAGCAUCCAAGUAUGGAGACUUGAGUUGGGGUUUGGUUUAGAUUUGGGACUCUUCGUUCUCUCUCCCUUCUUCCCAGAAGUCCCAGCUCCAGGAACCUGACAAGCUUCUCUUGGUUCCUUUAGAUUAGGUGGUUCCUCUAGGUGACCCUUUCCCUUCCCCCAGCUGCUCAUCUGCCUCCAGAUCUUGACAAGUCCUGUUCCUCACGGCUGCUGAGAUAUCGCCCUGUGAUGAUGGUGAUGACGACGUGCCCCAGCAGGGCUGCCAUCUCUCAUAAACACGAAAACUUCCGUGGACAAGUAGCUGCUGGACAAGACUUCUGGGCAGUAACCACCGCAGCCUGUCGAGGCUGUGUGUGUGUGUGUGUGUGCGCGUGCGUGUGUGCGUGCGCGCAAGGCUCAGUCACCUCAGCCACUUUUCAGCCCCACAGAAGUAGUCACCUCCCUGGUAUGUUCUGCAGAAACUGCCCAUCGCAUUUUUGCUAACGCAUCAGGCCGUGGGCUGACUGUGUCCCCACCAAAGACGCAGUGGCUGCCCACACGCAUGCGGAUCUGGUCUCGCGAUCAGCUGUGCCGGCCCAGGGCACCCGGGAUGGCUGAGGAAGAAAACCCACUUUGCAAUCUCAGCACUGUGGACCAAUGAAAUUGGCUGGGAGCAGCGAGGUGUACAGAAUCUCCAUGAAGUCUUCCCGUAAGCUCCUUGGUUCUUUGGGACAAUCCUGCUUCCGGCAGGCACGAGCGUGUCCAGUUUCCCCCCUCCCCCUCCCGUCCACACUUUUGUUUUCUGUAUUGGUCAAGCUUCCCUAGAUUGGGCUGGGUUUGAUAAUCCACAUAUUUUAUCUCCCUUCAUCUAGGACACUUCAUAGGUAGGAUUUUUUUUUUGUUGUUGUUGCUGUUAAUUAAAUAUUCAAAAUAAAUUUUUGGAACCCCUUGGCAA